CCUGUCGAGCUGUGCUCGAGAUCAGACCGCGCGCAUCUUUAUGGAUUUAACCGAACAACAGUUCUCAGGCUUUACUGCCAGGCUGCCAAUGAAUGUUUCAUCCGCUCCACUUCACGGCACGCUGUUGCUGAGUGAUCGAUUGGUGAGAAAGUAGCAGCUGCAACCGAACCCAUAUGAUUCGCUCGCGACGGCGACGCGCUGCCGCCAGGUCUCUCGUGCUGCUCCGACUCGUGCAAGCAUGCACGAGCUGCGGUAGACUGGAGAUGAUCUCUGUCUGGCUGCUCGUGUUAAAGCUGCUGAGAGCCACAGCUGGUGUGAAAAGACCAAAUGGAAAUGAAUUAACUGAAGGUAGGAGAGACUCUAUAAACCAGGAACAAAAAGAGCAAGAAAACCUCCCUGAGGCCGUCUCCAUGGAGACCAGCCAGCUUUCAGAGAUGGCUGAUGUAAAGGACUAUAAAAUGGAUCUUGGGGAAAAAGAAGAGGACGAAUACCAGCACAGCAAGGAUGAUAAAGAUUGUGUUGAUGAACAGUUCCCUCAAUGCCUGGAUACUGAAAAGGGCAACUCCCCACUCGCAGCUUCGGACAAAAGCAGUGACACAGCCAAAGAAUGUGAGGGUAAAGAGAAAAGUGAUGGAAGUGCCAACCAACAAGAGGACAUGGUGAAAAAAGAGACAGAUGAACAGGAGUCAAAUGCCAAAGAAUCUGUGUCAUCUCCAGAGCCUGACACAGAUCCCCAAGCACAAGGUGAGCUGGUGGUGGAAGAAAACAACACCUCAUCCUCUGUUGAUGCAAAAGAGCCAGAACACCAAGAACCACAGGACGUUCCAAAAGCAGAACCAGAAUCUGUGCUGGAACAGCAAAUCAAGGAGCUGGCUGUUUCCGAUGCUUCAACCGAAUCUUGCCAUGAAAAUGAUAGAGAUGACUUAAGUGACUGCCUGCAUGUGGAAAUGGCUAUUGUCUCAUCAGAUAGUGAUGCUGAGGAGCAGUGGAAGACCAUGUUCUCUUCUGUUGUUGACGAAGAUGAGUUUGGUGCCAUUUUGGAAUCAGAUGCUCAAGAUGUUAGCAAAGAGAUAAAUGACCAAAACCAGGCAGUGGAGGAUGACAUUAGAAAUCAGCCUGAGAGUAAAGCUGAGCCUGAUGAAAAUGAAGAUCCAACAGUAUUGACAGACAGUGUUGACACUCUUGAGCAGCCAGAAUGUUCCAAUGAAUGUGAGCUGGAAGACAUUUCUUAUAAAGACUCCAUACACUACAGCAGUUUAUCCAAGAUCUCAGAGAAUGAGUUAGAUCCAAGCCAAAACGUGAAACACAACCUGCAGCGCUUGUCUGCCUCAACGUCUGAGCUUGAUAAAAAGUUGCCACAAGACUACUGCGUGAUUCAGGAGAUGCAGAGUGAGAAUGUCAGCACAGAGCAUGUGGAUUUCAGGAUGGCUCGUAAGCAGUGGCAGGAAAUGGAGGAACAAUGCAAGGCCCAGGUGCAGCAGCCCACUGUAAAGCAGGGUGGACAUAGCAUCACAUAUACACCUAUCCGUAACUUAGAGCGGACCAAGAGAGAUCUGGAUUCAGACAAUUUAUCUCUUGGUGAUUACCAAAAUACCCAAUUCAGCCCAUGUUCAGAUGACUCAGGCCUGGAUGAUACAAGCUAUCGAUCUCAUUAUGAUGAACCAGAGACUCCAGUGGAAAAGGAAAUCCGGGAGACUAUGGAGCGAGAGGAAUGUUUCAAACGAGAGAGGGCCAUGUCAAGACCACCUUCUAGUGAACCUGUGCAGAAUAAACCCAGACCAAUGACCUUGAUGAUGGCCAAAUCAGAACCAGAGGACAAAAAGAAAAGGUAUAACACGCGUGAGGACCGAUGUAGGACACAAAGACCAUCUAAUACAAUACCACCAACCUUCUCUAUUACAGCUUCCCCAUCAUCGAAACCAGCCUAUCAUGAAAUGGUGGCAAACAACGUCAUAAUCCUUGACCCGGAUUCACAUCCCCCAAAGCAACGGCAAAAGGGCAAAAAUCUGCUAUCUCCACUGACAAACAGGUUUCAUGAAUGGCCUUCAGACUCAAGCAACGUCAUCAUCCUGGAAACAUCUAAUCUCAUCAUCCGAAGUGCUUCUGAAUUCUGCCUGAGCAGUGCAUGCCAGGAGAACCAAGAGAGCACGUUCCACAACAACCCCUUCUAUAAAUUGCGAUCACACAGCACACUAUCUCUGGUGGACCAAGAGAUCAAAGAAGUGAAGCAAAGAGAUGAAGAAUUCAGAAGACAGAGGGCACAACUGUAUGCUAAAGAGAAGUAUGACACGAUCCUGGUGUCUCCCAGCUCACUGCAGAAUUUCAGCUAUGAUAAGCCAGGAGGGUUGCCAGCCAAAUGUAAGUCCUCCCCUUCGUCCCCUUUAAGAGUUCGCAGAAUGGACCGUUCCACUUUAUCCUGUGAUCAGAAGUUCCCUGAGGCACCUUAUACCAGAGUGCGAAGGAAAAGUGCCCUUGUUCAGAGAUGGGAAGCAGCGAUGUUGGCCAAUCAACAACAUGUGUGAACAACAGUACACUACCAAUCAUGUGUUUUUAGGCAUGCUAUAGAUUAAUCUUUCCUUAACAUGAGUUCAAACAUGAAUUUAAGUUAAAACUUAAAAAAAUUAGAUAUACAGUAGAUGUGAACGCUCUAAUUAGGCACUUGUCGGUUUUUAUAUUUUUAUCGCACAAUUAACAAUAGCUCCAUAUUACAGUCAUUUAUCUGUUUUACUCAGUUCACCUCCCGAUAAUGUUAAAUAAUGAAACCGUAUGGAGGAAUAAAUCGUAUUAUUUUAUUUAAAUAGAAUAUACAUUUGCUAUUUAGAAUUUAGUUUAACUCAUGUGCUCAUUAUGCAGACUGUUGUUAUUUUUGAAUGUGACUUACAAAUGGAAGAGAUGAUGAUACAGUGAAAUCGAUGAACUGUUUUAAAGAAUAUCCCAGAUAUUUUCCUACUCUAUUUUCUCCUUGGUAGUUGUGUAAAUAUAGCAUGAACCACGAUUUAUAAUAUAAUAUACAAAAACAUUGCAUUUUAAAGUGAA